AUGAAACCUGAAAAAUCUAAUAAAUCUAACUCUGCUGAAGGUAGUUUGAGCUUAUUCAUUGCUGCCCAUACUUCAAUUUUACCAGUAAAUCAUUUGGGGGAAUUAUGCAAAAAUGUAUUUCAGGGCUGUGAUUCUGCCAAUGAAUUAAAACUACAUCGAUCCAAAUGUACUAAUAUAAUUGUAAAUGUUUUGGCUCCACAUUUUAAUUAUGAUCUUUUAAAUAGUAUUGGCAGUGGGCACUACAGUAUUCUUAUUGAUGAGUCUACAGAUAUAAGUGUUAUUAAAUUUUUGGGAAUCACAAUUUUAUAUUUUAGUAAAGAAACUGGUGAAGUAGUUUCUACUUAUUUAGCAUUAGUAAAAAUCACUACAUGUGAUGCAGUGUCCAUAACAAAUGCAAUAUUAAAUACAUUGAAAAUUAAAGGCUUGUCAAUAAACAAACUAGCAGAAUUUUGUUUAUUUAACAUUUUUAAGUCCAGUUUUAUUUGA